UGCAGAAAUCCAAAUGCUUACGCGUAGUUGGGUAAAAACCUACAAUACAAAACCGAUGCUCUGCAGACAGUCCAAAUGCAAUUCAUCUACGCGCAUUAAGCACUAAAAGUAUUUAUCAAGAUUACAGGUACGGUUCACCUAAUCGGCCUUAGCAGUGUGGGGCAUCCUUCUUACAAGUAUAAGAUUAAUGAAGCUGAACAGAAAAGGUACUGCAGCAUUUGAUACAAUCUCAGAUAAGCAUACCUAUCUUCUCCAUUAAUAUUUCGCGAUUGUGUUAGCUCAUUACUCACCAAACAUGGAACCAACAGAAGAGCCUCAGCUCACGCAUGUCCCCUCUUUUGCCAUACGCGAAAGCCACAACAUAGAAUUCCUAAGAAGCAUUUCACUGAAACAAGAAAGCUCGAAUACCUCAGAAAAUCCCUCAUUCGAUCCCCCUCGUCUCUCCACCCCUACUCCUAUCACCGCAUUCUCCCUCACGGACUCCCAACCAUCAACUCCCUCCCUCCACCCCCCGAAAACUAGCCUCUCUGCCCUCACGGCCUACAAGUGCAUCCUGUCCGUCCUCAAAAAGGACGGGCAGGUCUUGUCAAUAGCCGCGUCCAAUGGAAUAGCCUACACUGGCUCCGAGAGCAAUGUGAUACGGAUAUGGAAGCUCCCCGAGUUCACGGAGUAUGGUCAGCUAAAGAGCAAAGCAAAGACAGUGGUUGCACUUCAAGUCUCGAAUGACAGAGUCUUUGCAGCCUAUGGUGACUGCAAAAUUCGCGUCUGGAGCCGUCGGACUUGGGAAGGAAUCACGAAACAUGUGAAACUAGCAACUAUUCCGAAGAUGGGAGGCUAUGUUCGGAGCUACAUCUCCGGUAAAGAUAAGAUGAUGAAACACAUGGCUCCAAUAUCAUCACUGGCUAUAAAUCUAUCAGACGACAUAAUUUACUCUGCUUCUCUGGACAAGACAGUGAAAGUAUGGCGAAUCUCUGAUCUCAAAUGCAUCGAGACCAUCCAGGCCCAUUCAGCUCCCAUAAACGCCAUCGCCCUUGGGGAGGAUGGUGUCCUCUACACAGCAUCAGAUGAUGCCACAGUGAAAGUGUGGCGACGCAACUUUUGCAGGGGGGAUCGUCCUCACGCCCUCACGGUGACUUUACAGUCAAAGUACUCUCCUGUAAAAACGCUAAGCCUAAGCUCUGAAGGUGCAGUACUAUAUGGAGGGUGCACUGAUGGCUAUAUUCAUUACUGGACUAGGAGCUGGUUUUCGGGACAAUUGCAGUACGGGGGGCCACUCCGGGGCCACACUCAUGCAGUAAUGUGCUUGACAAGUUUUGCUAAUCUUGUGGUUAGUGGCUCAGCAGACUCAACUAGUCGGGUCUGGAUCAGGCAGCAGGACGGUGAGCACACCUGCAUUGCGGUUCUUGAGGGUCAUAGAGGCCCAAUCAGGAGCCUGGCAGCAUUUCAGGGGAAGGUCUCGGAUGAGAGUGAUCAAGACGAAUGCACUGUCUGCACGGGGAGCAUGGAUGGAGUGCUCAAAGUGUGGCGAGUCAGGUGCACCAAAAGUACGAAUUCAAAACGUAUUAGUCCAGACUACUUUGAGUUAAAUCCGUGCUUAAAUCCUACUUAAUUACGCUUAAAAGCAAUGUUAAGUAUAUAGCUAGAUCCUUGCUCAGACAAGUAGCUUGUCUAUACUCCUAACAUGUAAAAUUUGGAAUUCUUCUUGAAUUUAGUUGGCUACAACGAGUACAUUAAUCAUUUCUUAUCAGAA